GGGCCAGAGAAGCUGACACAGAGACCUACGCAGACUUCAGGCUUGCAGACGCGCACUGGGGCCAGGAGCCGCUGAGGAGAGGCUGUGGGGCUGCAGGGCCGCUGGCCGGAGUGCAGUGCAGGAGCAGAUAGGGGCUGGAGUGAGGGAGGUGGGGCACAGAGGCAGCAAGACAGAGACAGAAGGGAAGAGCUAGGGACGCUGAGAGAGGAAAGGACAGAGACAGAGAAGGAAAGAGACGCAGAGACACCGCAGGAGACGGAGAGGACGGCAGGCAGAGAGGGACGCACACGCACACGGGAGAAGCAGGGGGUGCCUGACAGACCCUGGCUGCCGGAAGGACUGGGGCCUGCAGCAGGCAUCCGAGUGGUCCCACCCUUGGGAACCCUCUACCGCAGGCUGCACACUGCCUCAGGCGAUGGCAGAUUCCUGCCGGAACCUCACUUACGUGCGGGGCUCGGUGGGACCGGCCACCAGCACCCUGAUGUUCGUGGCGGGCGUGGUGGGCAAUGGGCUGGCCCUGGGCAUCCUGAGCGCGCGGCGGCAGUCCCGCCCAUCGGCCUUCGCCGUGCUGGUCACCGGGCUGGCAGUGACGGACCUGCUGGGCACGUGCUUCCUGAGCCCGGCUGUGUUUGUGGCCUAUGCCCGCAACAGCUCGCUGCUGGGCCUGGCCCGCGGGGGCCCGGCGCUGUGUGACGCCUUCGCCUUUGCCAUGACCUUCUUCGGCCUGGCCUCCACGCUCAUCCUCUUUGCCAUGGCGGUGGAGCGCUGCCUGGCACUCAGCCACCCCUACCUGUAUGCCCAGCUGGAUGGGCCACGCUGUGCCCGCCUGGCGCUGCCCGCCAUCUAUGCCUUCUGCAUGUUCUUCUGCUCGCUGCCCUUGAUGGGCCUGGGCCAGCACCAGCAGUACUGCCCCGGUAGCUGGUGCUUCAUCCGCCUGCGCUCGGCAGAGCCCAGCGGCUGCGCCUUCUCCCUGGCCUACGCCAGCCUCGUGGCCUUGCUGGUGAGUGCCAUCAUCCUGUGCAACAGCUCCGUCACCCUCAGCCUCUGCCGCAUGUACCGCCAGCAGAAGCGCCACCAGGGCUUGGUGGUCCCCAGCUCUGGGUCACGCGAGGAUGAGGUUGACCACCUGAUCCUGCUGGCCCUCAUGACAAUCAUCAUGACCGUGUGUUCCCUGCCACUCACGAUUCGUGGCUUCACACAGGCCAUCGCCCCCGACAGCAGUGAGAUGGGAGACCUCCUUGCUUUUCGCUUCAACGCCUUCAACCCCAUCCUGGACCCCUGGGUCUUCAUCCUCUUCCGCAAGGCCGUCUUCCAGCGACUCAGGCUCCGGUUCCACUGUCUGUGUCCCCAGCCGGCCCGAGGCGACUCAGAGACACUCCAGUCCCGGCCAGCCUCGGGGAGGAGGGACCCCUGGGCCCCUGCUGCUCUGGAGGGGAAAGAGGGGAACUGGGUGCCCCUGUCCACCUGGAGUAAGGGGCAGGUGGCGCCCUUUCCUCCUGUCUCAAGGCCGGGUGGCGGCAGCACCGUGGAAACAGCAAUGGGGUCCAAAGCUGAGGCCUCAGUCGCCUGCUCUCUCUGCUGACCCUCUGGAAACUGGCCCUGUGACCUCCUGUCCUGUCUUCCUGGUCCAGGAGCCAGAAAACCAGGGACAUGGCUGUGGAAGCCAGAACUUUGGCCCCCGAAUUCUGGGGGUGAUUAGCUGCUAUUUCCCCUCCUUCAGGGUGGCCAUGCAGUCUGUGGGAGGAGAGAACAUUACCCUGGAGCACUGAAGAACAGUUGUCUCAAAAUAGCCCACGGCCUGGCCAGCCAGCCCUGGCCCUGGGCUCCCCAUCCAUCUCACUGUCAAAAUAUUUAGAAGGUGGCAAAGUUCCCAGGGGCUUCUGGGUACUGAGGUCCACUGGGGUUAGGGUUCCUGCUCCUAUCUUUAUCCAUCAGGAGGGGUCCCCAGGGGAAAGCUCUGCCCUCUCCCAAGCCAGGGAUUCUCAAAAAGUUCCCUGCUUCUUGUUCUCCAUCAUUCUUGGGGGCCCUGGAUCCCAAGGGAAGGUGAGAGGAAGGGAGAGACUGUUGUGUUGUAGGCGACAUUGGCGGACAUGUGCCUGGUACCCAAGAGACUCCAUAGCUUGGUGGGCCAUGCGGUGUGGCCUGUCUUCGAGGGUGACCGGGAAGAAGAUGGCAGCUGAAGGGCGGAGGAGGACCAGCCAAGAGUGCAGACCCCAGUCCUGCGCCUGUACCCUGGGGCUGCGCAAUUUAUUGCCCCCUUACAGGGUCUGAUCUCACCUCCCUGUCCUUGGAGUCUUUGCAAAGAUUUUAUUCAACCAUUUAUUCAAUAAAUACUCAGGAGGUGCCCAGGCCACCUGGUGUUGGGGACACAGAGAAGUCUGUCCCGCUCUGGACCCUGCCCCUGCGGGGUGAUUUCCAGUCAGCCCCACCUCCCCAGGGCUGGGGAUCCAGGGAGUGGGAGUUGGAUGGAGAGCUGGGGGAGGGCAACUGGAAGCCGCCCCCCCCCCCCCGGCACUGCCUGCCUCAGUUCCCCUUUCUCACUCAUCCCUGGGCUAAAACAAUAAAGCUGAACCUGGGAAGGGGUAGAGCCUCGGGCUGUGAGAGCUCAGCAGUGAACUGGAGACAAGCAAGUGCUUUCUGGAUGCCAGGCACAUCCUUCAGCCACUCAGCAGCCUGUGAUCAGAGCUUCUAGUGCUGAGCUAGAGUGGAGGCCCAGAGAGGGCAAUCGCUGCCCUGGGUCACACAGCAGGGAUGAAGUGGAGCCAGUUGGUCUAAACCACUGCAGGGCCCAGCUUGCUGCCUGGACGCCCCCAGCCCUGCUGAGUGCCUCGUGCUCCUGACUAUAAUCAGGGGCUUAGUUUACAGGACAGCUGUGAGGAUGAGAGACUGCCUCUGAAAAUCAGUUAUGCACAGGGCUUGGAAGAAGGGCUGCACCAGCCAUUACUGUUAUUGCCGUUAUUGUUGUUGCCAUUGUUAUCUGGGCAAACAUGAUCUGAAAACAAAGCAA